UAAGUCCGCGCUCACGGUGCAGUUCGUGACCGGCUCCUUCAUCGAGAAGUACGACCCCACCAUCGAGGACUUCUACCGCAAAGAGAUCGAGGUGGACUCGUCGCCGUCGGUGCUGGAGAUUCUGGACACGGCAGGCACGGAGCAGUUCGCGUCCAUGCGGGACCUGUAUAUCAAGAACGGCCAGGGCUUCAUCCUCGUCUACAGCCUGGUUAACCAGCAGAGCUUCCAGGAUAUCAAGCCCAUGCGGGACCAGAUCAUCCGCGUGAAGCGGUACGAGCGCGUGCCCAUGAUCCUGGUAGGCAACAAGGUGGACCUGGAGGGCGAACGCGAGGUCUCCUACGGCGAGGGCAAGGCCCUGGCCGAGGAGUGGAGCUGCCCCUUCAUGGAGACGUCUGCCAAAAACAAAGCCUCGGUGGACGAGCUGUUCGCCGAGAUCGUGCGGCAGAUGAACUACGCGGCGCAGCCCAACGGCGACGAGGGCUGCUGCUCGGCCUGCGUGAUCCUCUGAGGCGCCCGCGGCUGCCGCGCGCCGGCCGCGCUCUGCGCACAAAAGCCAAACGCACCCGACUCUCUAAAUGUGAUUUCUCUUCUUGCUUUGAGAUUGGAGACGACUUUGCAUUGGCCAGAGUGUCCUGGGAGCCCGGCUGGCCUCCAUGGCCGAGUCCCCUGCCUCUGCCCCGUGUCCGAGGGGGUGUCCCGUCCUGACCAUCGGAGACCCGGUGGAAAUGUGGCUCUUUGCGGCUUGUACGUUUCUCAUUGAUUUUGGUUGACGCAUAUUUCCCCGUUGAAGCAGCCGUUAGGGCGCUGUACUGGCAGUUUGACACCAGCCAGCGAAAGUUUCAGCCUGGAAAGAAAAAAAUGGGGUAGGGGAGGAAGAGGACGGGGAGAAGGUGGAAAGGGGGGGGGAUUUUUUUUUUUUCUGUCAACAACCGUUUUUCUAGUUCCAAGUUUUAAAUAAACGGAAGGAAGUCCGGAGAACCAAAUGAAGGAGCAGGAGGAGAGGAAGAAACUUUUGUUUUUUCCUUGUUUUCCAGGAGUAACUGGAAAUUAAGAUCGGGUUCCUUUUCUGCCAGCUUGGAAGGGCAACCCCGUGACUGAUUGCGAUUCUGAGGAUGUCUAUGCAAAGUUGGAUUCUUGUUACAGUGUAUCCAAUCUGAAGUAUUGCACAUCUGAACUGGGACUGUUAACACUGAUGCCAAUACAGUGUGGGGUGCCAGAAAGUGUCUGCUGAUAUUUGUGGAAAAAAAAAUCUAUUUUGUUUACCUACUGUAUCAAAGGGGAGUCUGGGGGAGAACGGUAGUAUUUUUUUUUAUCAGCUGUGAAAAAAAAAUGUUACAGAUCUGCACAUUCUUGUGUGUACUGUUGUGUGUGCGUGCGUGUGUGUGUGUUAGAGUUAGCUUUUUGUUCUCAUUGGUUGGCAGUAACAGGUUUUGAUGACUAGCUCUUUAAAAUACAGUACAAAGACUUCACAAAUGUGAUUCAGGGCCCCCAGCACCCCUGUGUCUGCAGAGUGCCUUCAAAACUCAGCUGUUCCAGCCGGUGCCAACCUGUGAACUUCCCACCAGAUCCCAGAAUUUGCUGUUCCCCCAAACCACUUCCCAGUUUCCUUUCAGUAAUCUUCCUGAAGGAGCCAGGACAAUAGGGCCUGUUGUUUGGUGAAUUUCUUUAUUAUUUCCAGCCUUUUACUUGUCUUGCAAUGGGGUUUUUUUUCCUUUCUUUUUUGUUUUUAUUUUUGUUUUGCUUCAUUUUGUUCCAAUGUCCAGGUAUUUAGCACCCCUUUUAUAUUAUUUUUUUAAGUUUUGAUAUUCUGUUAUAGGGUGUUCCUCCAGAAGCCAAGAGCAAAAUUUUACUGUUGUGAUGUACCAUGAGAAUUCUAACAACUUGUAAUUUUUGAUUCCAGACACUCAUUUAAUCAUUGUCUCUUCAUUUUAAGAUUUUUGAAUACAGUUAUCAUUUUUAAAGAAACAAAUCCAAAACUAUUGUUUGUGUUUUUGUUACCAUAUUCGGUGAUUUAAUACAGUAUCAUGGCUGAGGAGGACAGGGGCAGGUAGGUGCAUGGUGCCCCCAGGAGUGGUUUGUCAAAUUUUAAAGAAAGAAGUGUCUCAGUGACAAGUUGGGUGACAUUACUGCCAACUCCUUAAACAUGGAAAAAAGUCAUCCAGGUGAGGAUGCCCUGGGGUAAGGCCAUACCCUGUGAUUACAAGAUGAGCAGGAUAUUGAAUCUGUUCUGCUGCCUUGGAGCAGUUUGUCUCAGGUAGGGAAGGGGAGAAACCAACUGCUAAGAUGUGGAAAGUAACCAUCCACCUGGCCAGGCAAAGAAGUGCUUUUAAUUUUCCUUUUUUCUUUUCUUUAUUUAUUUCUUCUUCUCCUUCUGGUUUGUUUGUUUUGUUUUGUUUUGUUUAGAUUACAUCACAUACAGUCAAAAGCAUGCUUGGGGAAGAUAAGUUGCAAUUCCGAUGUCUUACCUAGAAGUGUUUCCUGCAGUACAUUUGUAUGGGUUGUAGACAAUAUCCACCCUAAAGGCUUAGAUUUGGAAAUAGAUCAUUUGGUUACAAAAAGAAGAGAAAAAGAAAAAACUAAGACAAGCCUCUUGCUCUCAUUACACUGUGCAGUUUGUGGACCAUUUUGACCUCUGAAGUUUUCCUACUAACAGCAGGAGGCAGUGUGAGCUUUUUAUUUUGUAUUUUAUUUUUCUUAAGGGCCGCUUUACUAAUAUAACCUCCAUCAAAUAAAAAAAGUUGUGCAACUGGCUAUCGAGAGCACUUGAUAUACCUUAGGCCCAACAGGUGUAGAUGAAAUCUUCUGAAGCGUCUUUCGACAGAUUUAUUCUGUAGAGGAAACCAAAAGAAAUUACAGGCCACAGGUUUCUUUAAAGCUGUGUUAACAUAUCUUGCCUUAAAAUGUUGUGUCCUUUGCCCAGGUGACAUCUCAGAAUUCCAGCAUGGACAAGGAAUGGAGAGUUCUGCCUGGGUUUGGUCCUCGGGCCAUUUUGUUCACUCAUGAUCCCACUUAAGUUUAGUAUGAAACUCAUUUGGAAGGCAGUGUAUAUACGCUAAAUAUAGAAAUUAGGAGAGAUUAUUUCAAUUUAUGCCUUUGCAAAGGUUCAUUCCUUUAUUUCUGUAAAUUUAGUUGCUCCUGUAGAUCUAAAGUGUUGAAAAUUCUGAAAACAUAUAUCAAAUACUACGUCAAAGAUUUUUUUAAGAGGCAUUUAGUGACUUCCUUCUGAUUUUGUUUCGGUUUUUUGGAAGCCUUUUGACAUAAAAUGCUGCCAAGUAUCUAACUAACUUAAGAAAUGUAUAUACUCCUGACAGGGAAUUUUUGAAAAUGGGAAAUUGGAAAUGAAAUAGGUUGCUGGUUGCAUUAAUCAUCUUCACACAGGAUUUAGUCACUUACAUGACUAAAUUCUUUAUAGGUCUGGGAUGGCAGGGCAGAAGAUUUUAAUAUGCUUUUACUGAGUACUGUAAAAUAAAUGCUUUCUGGAUUCUCAAUGAAAA